GUUCUUGGGCUCAGCGCGCAUGCUCAUGGGACAGGUCUCUGAGGCUCCUUCUGUGCAGGUGGAAAUGGCGUAGGCGUUCCUUCUGGGAAGAUUCUUCGGCUUCAAGUGGGAGACAGACCCCAAACCCCCAAGUCUAUCCGCCGCUCAGGUAAAUCUUCAGAGAUUUCUACAUUUUUCCAGGAUCAGCAGAAAAUGAAGAAAUCCUAUAUGGAGUCUUGUUCUGUCGCCCAGACUGGAGUGCGGUGGCGCGAUCUUGGCUCACUGCAACCUCUGCCUCCCCGGUUCAAGUGAUUCUUCUGCCUCAGCCUCCUGAGUAGCUGGGACUACAGGCGCCUGUCACCACGCCCGGCUAAUUUUUUUUGUAUUUUUAGUAGAGACGGGAUUUCACUAUGUUGGCCAGGAUGGUGUUGAAUUCCUGACCUCAUGAUCCGCCCUCCUCAGCCUCCCAAAGUGCUGGGAUUACAGGCGUGUGCCACCGUGCCCAGCCAAUUUUUGUAUGUUUAGUGGGGACAGGGGUUCACCAUGUUGACCAGGCUGGUCUCGAACUCUUGACCUCAGGUGAUCCGCCUGUCUGGGCCUCCCAAAGCGCUGGUAUUACAGGUGUGAGCCACCGCGCCCAGCCUUUCCUUCUGUAUUUUUAGGAAAGCUUUGCCUUUUCUUUGUCAUGUAAGUUACAGGGAUCCUUGUCAUUUGAGGAUGUGACUGUGGGCUUCACCCAGGAGGAGUGGCAGCAUCUGGACCCUGCUCAGAGGACCCUGUACAGGGAUGUGAUGAUAGAGAACUACAGCCACCUCGUCUCAGUGGGAUAUUGCAUCCCUAAACAAGAAGUGAUCUUCAAAUUGGAACAAGGAGAGCAGCCAUGGAUAUUAGAGGAAGAGCUCCCAGGCCAGAGAUACCCAGAUGAGUUAGCAUGUAUUAAGCAGAAGGAUGCCAGUGACAUGAUCAUCCAGAAACAAUAAGGAAAAAGAACAACACAAAGUUUAUCUCAUGACAAUAGAGGAUAUCUGAAACCCCAAAUCAAUACAAGUGGAAAUGCUACCAGAAUCACUGAAAAAUUAAGGAGGGCCAUAUGUACCAGCAGAUGAAAAGAAACAAAAACAUUUCUGGUGCUUGAAGGAACUGGUAAAAUACUUUAGAGAGACAACAUACAUACUCUGAGGUACAAAGCUUAAAUCUCUCUUGGAAUAACAUCAGUGCUGUGCGCAGGACAGCUGGAGCUCCUUUGAAUGCAGUUUGGUUCUGUGAAGCUGAUGUAGGGUUAAGUAUGGAAACAGACACACAAGUCAUGUUUUUCAGUGACACUCUGUGACAAUGCAAGAAAUGAGACUUUCCAUUUCAGAAAAAAAUGUUACAGACACCUGUGUGAGGGGAAAUAAACUUGCAUGCUAUCUUAGCUUGUAUUCCUGUAAACAGUUGGAAGUAAAAACUUGUCAGGAUGGGCAGACCUACUACAGAAGUGAGGAAAUGGGGAGUAAGGCUGGUUAGGACGAAGAGAAAGUACAACAGGGUAAUAACAGAGCAAGCCAUUACUAAGGCUACUCUGGCAAGAAAGGAGCGACAAUCUGGGUUGAUGCAUAAACUGAGUUUGGUAUAUGUGCAAAACACUUUUUCAUAAGAAGCUCUCUCGUUAGAUUAAGACAUGCCUCUGUUCCCUUUACCUAGUAAAACUGAUGCAGUGUAAAAGCUCAUGUCCUUUGAAGCUGAGUAAUCCAAAAGGAACCAGCAUAAAAUGCCCCACAAAACUACUGCAAGAAUAAAGGGUUGAAAAAGAUUAGAAAAAAAAAAGUAGGUGAUAAAAUGUCACCUGAUCAACGUGUACAUAAAGUACAUAAAUAAUUGGGGCAAAUAAUAAACCAUGAAUUUCAAAAAGGACUAAUUGAAUUGAUUGCCUGCAUGAUAUGUUAAGGCAACAGUAUAAUGUUUUAAUUCAUUUAAUAAAAUGCAUUCUGGGAUGUCAGACCGAGAAAAGAAUUGUAAGAGAAAAUAAGAAUCACAGUAAAGAAAGCAAAUUGGGGCCAGGCACGGUGGCUCACAUCUGUAAUCCCCAUACUUUGGGAGGCCAAGGCCAGUGGAUCACUUGAGGUCGGGAAUUUGAGACCAGCCUUUCCAACAUAGUGAAACCCCAUCUCUACUAAAAAUACAAAAAAUUAGCCGGGAAUGGUGGCACACCUGUAAUCCCAGUUACUUAGGAGGCUGAGGCAGGAGAAUAGCUUGAACCCAGCAGGCAGAGGCUGCAGUGAGUCAAGAUCACACCACUGUACUCCAGCCUGGGCAACAGAAUGAAACUCCAUCUCAAAAAAAGAAAGAAAGAAAGAAAGAAAGAAAAGCAAAUUGGAGAAUUCCCAAAGAAGAAUAGGCAUUGCUGAAAUGUAGAUUAGAAAUAAAUGUGGAAGGCCUUUCAAGCAAGAAGAAACUGAAAAAAAUAAAAGAAGUCUGCAAAGUUGAUGACCAACUGGAGCGCUGUCAGGAAAUCCAGGACAGACAUAUCUGGCAAGCUCCAUAUAUCAACAACCAAAUACUGACUAUAGAGAGAGGUAACAUAUUAGGAAAAGUGUUUGAUUUCAGCAUAGACCCACUUCCUUCCAUAAAAAUACCUUGUAAAUGUGACUUAUGUGGUAUGAGUUUAAAAUACAUUUCAGAUUUAUUUAGUAGUAAGAAAAAUUAUUUAAGAAAGAUGCCUCAUGACCUCAGUGCAUAUAGAAAACUAUUCCUCAAUAGUAACCAUGAAAAAACUCAUAUGGAAGAGAAACGUUAUGAGUUUAUUCAAAUUGGAAAAUGCCUCAGUCAUAAGGAGGACUUCAUUUCAUAUCUGAAAAUUCAAAAUUUAGAGCAAUCUUGAAUAUAAGGAAUGUGAGAAAGAUUUCUAUGGAAAGGCAGUUUUUAUUACAUAUAAGCAAGCUUACACAGGAGAGAGUCCUUGUGUACAUAAUGAAUGUAAUAAAGUGUUUUAUAAUAAUCCAACUCUCACGGUCCAUAAAAUGUCAGAAAAAAGAGAAAACUUUUAUGAGUUUAAUGAAUAUGAAAAAACCUUUGAGAAGUCCACUUUCUUGAAACAUAGAGUUCAUUUGGAGGUGAAACAUUAUAAAUAUAUUGAAAGUGUAGGUAAUUUUAACAGAUCAAUCUUUCCUAACACAAGAGAGAAAACAUUUGAAAGUAACAAAUCAGGGGAACCUUUGUAUGAGAAGUCAGUACUUAAUGUAACUCACAGAACACACAGAGGAGAGGAAGUCUAUGGAUGUGAGCAAUGUGGAAAACCAUUCUAUGAACAGUCAAAGCUAACCAAACAUCAAAGAAUCCAUACAGGGGAGAAACCCUAUGAAUGUAAUGAAUGUGAAAAAUGUUUUUCUAGGAAAUCUCCCCUCACUUUACAUCAGAGAGUCCACACAGGAGAGAAACCCUAUAAAUGUAAGGAAUGUGGGAAAUGCUUUUCUAGGAAUUCACACCUCAUAUUACAUCAGAGAACUCACACAGGAGAGAAACCCUAUAAAUGUAAGGAAUGUAGAAAAAGUUUCUUUCAUAAGUCAUAUCUUACAGUACAUCAGAGAAUUCACAUGGGAGAAACCCUACGAAUGUAAUCAAUGUGGAAAAACCUUCAUAAGCAACUCUGUCCUCAUAAUACAUCAUAAAACACACACAGGUGAGAAACCCUGUGAAUGUAAUGAAUGUGGGAAAUCUUUCUCUAGGAGUUCAUAUCUUAUAAUACAUCAGAGAACUCACACAGGCGAGAAACCCUAUGAAUGUAAGAUAUGUGGCAAAACCUUUUGCCACAAGUCUGAUGUCACUAAACAUCAGAAGACUCACAUAGGGGGAAAACCCUAUGAAUGUAUUCAGUGUGGGAAAACUUUUAGUCAUAACUCAGGCCUAAAAGUACAUCAGAGAACACAUACAAAGGAGAAACCCUAUGAAUAUACUGAGUACGGGAAAUCCUUCUCUGAGAAAUCAGUCCUUACAGUACAUCAGAGAAUACACACAGGGGAAAAACCUUAUAAAUGUAAUGAAUGUGGAAAAACCUUCUACAAUAAAUCAGACCUAACCAAACAUCAGAGAACACACACAGGUAAGAAGCCCUAUAGAUGUAAGGAAUGUGGGAAAUUCUUCUCUAGGAAUUCAUACCUUACAAUACACCAGAGAAUGCAUACAGGAGACAAACCCUUUGUGUGUAAAAAAUGUGGGAAAACCUUAUACCAUAAGGCAGACUAUACAGUACAUAAGAGAACACACAGAGGGGAGAAGUCUUAUUACUGUAAUGAAUGUGGGAAAACCUUUAUUUGCAACUCAGUCCUCAACUCCCAUCAGAGAAAACACAUGGGGGAGAAGCCCUAUGGGUGUAAUGAGUGUGGGAAGUCCUUCUCUGAGAAAUCAGUUCUUACUGUACAUCAGAGAAUACACACAGGGGAAAAACCUUAUAAAUGUAAUGAAUGUGGGAAGUACUAUCAUAAGUCAGAUCUCACUAAACAUCAGAGAACACACACAAGGGAGAAACCCUAUGAAUGUAGUCAGUGUGGGAAAAGCUUCAGUUGCAGCUUAGGUCUCAAAGUAUAUCAGAGAAGACACACAAGGGAGAAACCCUAUGGAUGUAAGCAGUGUGGGGAAACCCUCUGAGAAAUAAACUCUCAUAGCACAUCCAAGGAUACACAUGGGAAAAAGCUUAUAAAUGUAGAAAUGAGAGAAAUCUUUCUCAAGCAAUUCAUACCUCAAAAUACUUAGGAGAAAUCAAAUAGGACAUGACCCCUGUGAAUGUAAAGAACUUGGCAAACCUUUUACCAUAAGUCAUCUUCCAAAGUAAAUAAGAGAAUAGCAUAGGGGAAAUUCCUAAUAAUGUAAUGAAUGUUUGAAAAUCUGCUGUAAGAGACAACUACAAAGUAACUGAAUACAUGUAGAAGAAACACUACUGAUCCAUGUAGAGAAUAUGGGGAAAUAUUUUGCUAUAAUUUGGAAUUUAUUAAACAAAGAACUUCCAUAGGAAAUAAUCUAAUGACUCACAUGGAUAUAUGAAAAUGUUCUUCCAGAGAAUGACCAUUAAUAAAAAUAAGAUAAACCACAUUUAGAGAAAACUGUCAACAUUCUGUUUCUUUUGACAACUUUAUGUACAAGUUUUACUCAUUGUAUAUUAAAUAAAUAAUAGGGAAGGUAUUCAAAGAAUGCAGCAAAUGUAGUUGAGUCUAUAUCAAGAAAUGUCAUUUUACUAAGCAAGAUAAUUCAUACUGAGUUAAAGUCAUAACAGAUAUUUUGAAUGUGAAGACAUUAACAAAUACCUAGACUUUAUUAUAUCUGAAGAUUGUGUUAAAGGAAAUGUGUCAGUUUAGGAAAUAAUGAAUAGAAAUUUUCUUCUAGAUACAGUAUUAUCCUGAAAGUCAUGUUUUUAAAAAAUUAGUCAUAUUUUGUUCUGAUCCCAAAUUUUUAAAUAGAAAUGUAACUGUAAACAGAAUUCUAUACAAAUAGUAACUGUAGAGUAUGAAGAUUUUUUUAAAGCACAAAUAAAUUGAAUAACCUUUUCAGUCUCUGAGUCCACUUUUGGGGAAAGAGUGUUACCCCAUGGCCCUUUCUGUCAUGAGCAUAUCCUGUCCUUGAUUAGUCUGCCCUCCAACUAUACUGUUGCCUCUGCAUUUUCUGCCUAAUGGACCUACCCUUAGGGGAGCUCAGGAUGGACCACCCUCUUACCAGAACAUACAUUGGGACCAGCCAGAGGCAGUGGGAUAUAGGUUGUCCUUGAGGCUGCAUCUGCCCCUCUUCCUAGGUGCAGAGACUGGAAACCACAUUAAGUGUGUGUACAAAGCUAGAGGACCACCUAGAACCUUUAGCCCAUGUGAGUUUGGUCUCCAAUUCAGAGCCACAGGAAGCUCAGUAUAGCUUACUUUUUAAAAUCCAAGCCUAUUGACUGAAUUUUAGUGAACCCUUUUAGGUGGGCUGGUGUAGUUUUAGUGAAAUAUUUCAUAACAUAACCAUCAGUGUACAUAUUGCAGCUUGGAAGUAAAGUAUUGCAAAAGUAGUUGGAGUAUCUGCAUGUCAUUCCCAAAUUUCUUUAACUUCCUAUAACCUUUACCACCUUUAAGCCUUAUUUUAAACUUGGUUUUUAUUGAUACCAUGUCUCAUUACUUUCAUUCUUUAUUUCCAUAUAUACACAUAUACUAUUGUGGAUGUACAAUAACAUAUUUUGUUGUUUUGCAAGUAUUUGCAAAAGUUAAAGUUAUUCAGCUUUUGUCUUCAAAUGCAUGGUUUUGACCUUUUUACCUGCUGAUAUGUUUAGCUUUACUUAUUUUAAUAAAGUAUAAUAAAUAA